ACAACAGUAGAUAGGUUAAAAGGGUCAUAAGAAUACUAUGAAAUAAUUAAUUAAAUUUCCUUUAAUUUAUUUUGAAGUUGAACCUUCGUUGCCAAGAAAAAGAUAGCAAGGAAUCCUCAAGAAGUUGGUAAUCGUUCUGGCAUGAAAAUAUCUUCUCUUUUGUUUUUUUAUGUUAUUCAACCUUCAUAUAUACCCAUAUCUCUUAAUCAUACACAAAUUAUAAUUAAAACUCUCAAACUAGGUAAGCCCAUUAAUUGCCCUUCCAAAACAUGUUAGAAUCCCAGCUUUUCCACCUUCCAUUUCCACAUGAUUCUAACAUUGACGUAGAGUUAUUUCUUGAUAAUCAAUAUGCAAAUUAUGCGCUAGGCAACGAUGCUUAUGUACAUCACUCUGAGAUCUCUCCUAUUUUUCCUUCCAAUACUGAAUUUGUGGAUAACAUGAACUUGGAAUUUCCGCUUGAUAAGUGUUUGCCAUUUGAUUUGGAGGAAUCAGAACUCUUUUGGAGUCAGGAAAUGCAGGACAUAUGUGGAUGGCUAAAGGGUGCUGAGGAAAAUAAUUCUUCCUUUCAUGAUCACCAUAGUGAAGGAAAAACCGGUGGUGAAAGUUGCAGCCAUAGCCCAUCCAUUGUCUCCGGUGAUACGUCCAUGGACCGUCUCAUCCAGCAAACACUAACCAUUCCAAAUGAAGGGUUCGAGAUCAAUUAUAAAGUCAGUGUGAACCAUCUAGCCAAGGCAUAUGGAGAGGCGGUGGAAAAUAAACUGGCCGAACUUGCAGAGGUGACCAUGCGACGCAUUAGUGAGAAAGUUAGUCCCAUCAGUGAGAUCGGGGAGCGUCUUUUGUGUUAUGCAUUUCAGCAAUAUUCGGACAAGAAGCAAGCAGACUAUCUUAAACAAGAAUCUGGCAGGAACUUUGCCACAGCCUUUGAGGGUUUUUAUCAAAUUUUCCCUUAUGGGAUGAUUGCUCAUUUCACAGCCAACUCGGCGAUCCUUGAGGCUAAGCCUCAUGACGCUGAGGUUCUACACGUAGUAGACUUUGACAUGGGAGAGGGGGUACAGUGGUCUUCAUUCAUCAUGUCUCUUUCCCGGCAAACUACUUUAAAGCUUACAGGAAUCAAGUGGAGAGAAGAGGACUCUGAUUCUGUUCCACUGAGGAAAUUUGACGAGACAAGGAGGCAGCUUCAGGAUUUCGCAGGCUCUUUAGGCAUAAGAUUGCAUGUGGAGGAGAUGGAGCUGCAAGAUCUGGCGAGCGAGAUGAAGAGAAAAACAAAAAGAGGAGGGAAGAGAGAAUGGUUGGCCUUUAAUUGUAUGUGGGCACUUCCCCACAUGGGGAAGAGAAGAAGCAGAAGGCAAGUCAUGGAGUUUCUAGCAGUGGCUAAGGAUUUACUAGCCGAUUCGGCCUCUAAUAAUAGAGGUAUAGUGACACUUGGCGAUGGUGGCGAUUGCCAGACAUUGAAAAAUUGUCAUGGUUUUGGAUCAUUUUUUGAGAGUUACAUGGAACGUUACCAAGCCUUGUUGGAAUCAAUAGAACUGAACUUUCCAGUUCUUCUUGUAGAAGCAAGAUUAUCAAUGGAGUGUUUGUUUAUUGCACCUUAUGUCUCUUCUGUUACUGUGAUGCAAACUUGGGAAGAAAUAAAGGAAGGAAGUUGUGAUUUUAUGAAAGGAUUAGGGUUUGAAGGGCUGAUAGUGAACAACCAGAGCUUGAUGGAAGCCCAAGAAAUGGUGAGACAAGGAGAGACUCCAUAUGGAGUGAGGACUGAAGGAGAGAACAACAAUGAAAUGGUCUUGGAGUGGAAAGGAACUCCAUUGUUGAGAGUUUCUUCAUGGAGAUGAUGAUGACGAGUUUCACACAAAUAAAAAAAUAAUAAUAAUAAUUAACAGAGAAGACGGCAUUAGGGAAUUAAAAUGUUGAUAAUUUACUAUUUAUUUAUUUAUUUAAUUAU